AUGAAGCCAGCCUCUUCUCUCUAUAAGAACAUCUUCAUGAAGCCAUCUCUUCUCUCUCAAAGACAACUAAAGCCAUCUCAUCUCUCUAUAAGGAGCAUCUCAUUCUCUAUAAGGACAUCUAUGAUGCUAUCUCUUCUCUCUAUAAAACAUCCUGUGAAGCCAUCUCUUCUAUUUAUAAAAGACACAUCUAUGAAGCCAUCUCUUCUCUCUAUAAGACAUCUGCCAUCUCUUCUCUCUUAUAAAAAGACAUCUGACAUCUGUAAACCAUCUCUUCUCUUUAUAAGGAGCAACUGUAAACCAUCUCUUCUCUCUAUCUAUGAAAGCAUCUCUUCUCUCUCAUCUAUCUCUCUUCUCUCUAUAAAGACAUCUGAAGCUAUCUCUUCUCUCCCUAGACAAGGUCUCUUCUCUAUAAACCAUCUCUUCUCUCUUUUAAACUGUGAAGCCAUCUCUUCCUAUAAAGACAACCAUCUCUUCUCUCUAAAAAGGAACAACUAUGAAGCCAUCUCUUCUCUCUCUAAAGACAACUAUGAAGCUAUCUCUUCUCCUAAAGGGCAACUAUGGAAGUCAUCUCUUCUCUCUAUAAAACAACCCAUGAAGCCAUCUCUUCUCUCUAUAAAGAACCUAUUAUGA